AUGGCAAAAGGUUGUCGAAAAACUCAAUGCUCUGCCAAACUUCAAUGUGAAUAUACGAAGUCUGUUCGGGAUCAAUUUAACCUCCUAACAAAAAAAUAUAAAGUCAAAAUGGGAAAACAAGAGAGCAACAGGUGGGGAGGGGGGAAAAAGGCGACUGAGGCAGAAAACCUACAAGAAGAAUUGAUUGCGAUUGAAGAAGAUACAAAUGAGAAGGCUGAUGAAGAAAGUAGAGCAAGGCAGAUUGUUGAAGAUCAAGACAAAGGCAAUCGAGAUGUGAAAGCAAUGAAGAGUAUGGGAGAAACGAGAGAGAGAUUGGGGAAGAAGAGUGAAGAAAAGAGAAGAUCAGGGAAUCAGUCAAUGGUGUUUUUGGAGAAGGCAAUAGAGACAAAGCAGAUGAUGCAAAAGGAGGAAAAGAGAGGAAGAGCAGGAGAUACAAACUGCAUUUUUGAGGCAGUUGGAAGUCAGUCAGCAACAGCAUGCUGCUCAGUGUAA